AUGUCUCAGACCAAAGCCCUGAAGGUCCGCGUGGCCCUCUUCUGCAUCCUGGUGGGCAUUGUCCUGGCCCUGGCGGCUGUGGUGACCGACCACUGGGCUGUGCUGACUCCCCACCUGGAGCACCACAAUGCCACCUGCGAGGUGGCCCACUUUGGCCUCUGGAGGAUUUGCACCAAGCGCAUGGCCAUGGGUGACAGUACCGACGGGAGCUGCGGACCCAUCUCCCUGCCUGGGGAGAAGAACUGUUCCUACUUCAGGCAUUUUAACCCAGGCGAGACCUCCGAGAUCUUCGAAGUCACCACCCAGAAGGAGUACAGCAUCUCGGCGGCGGCCAUCGCCAUCUUCAGCCUGGGCUUUGUCAUCAUGGGCUCCAUAUGCGCACUUCUGUCUUUCGGGAAGAAGAGGGACUACCUGCUGAGGCCGGCGUCCAUGUUCUACGCCUUUGCAGGUCUCUGCAUCUUCGUCUCGGUGGAGGUCAUGCGACAGUCGGUGAAGCGCAUGAUCGACAGCGAGGACACCGUGUGGAUCGAGUACUAUUACUCUUGGUCCUUCGCCUGCGCCUGUGCGGCCUUCGUCCUCCUCUUCCUCGGCGGCCUUGCCCUGCUGCUCUUCUCUCUGCCUCGUAUGCCCCAGAACCCCUGGGAGUCCUGCAUGGACGCGGAGCCGGAGCACUAG